AUGAAAGAUGUGUUAAAGACUGGCCCGAAAAAGGAUGUGGAUGUCUUUAUUCCAUCCUCAGACCUCACAUUACAGCAAAUUCGUGACAAGAUACCGAGGGAGUACUUCCAACGAGAUACCGUAAGAAGUAUGUCGUAUCUUACUUUUGAUCUAAUCCAGGUCGCCAUUACAUGUUAUGUAAUGUCCAAUAUAAUGCUGCCAUGUGUGUCUGUGCUAACAUCAUUCAUCAAUUCGUCCCUUCCCAGCCCCGCUUCGUUGGCGAUUUCGACACUACUGAAAUUUUUCGUUUGGAAUGUUUUUUGGUUUGUGCAAGGGCUAAAUGGAACGGCAUUGUGGGUUCUCGCGCAUGAAUGCGGGCACCGGGGCUUUAGUCCUCAUUCUGGAUUAAACAACACAGUUGGGCUCAUUAUACACUCUGCACUCCUGGUUCCAUAUCACAGCUGGCGCAUCUCACAUGCUCUUCACCACAAACACACAAAUCAUCUAACAAAAGACACCGUAUUUGUUCCACACAAAAUGGAUCAAAUAACCGAGCUGACAGAAGAGUGCCCGCUUGUCAUGUUUUGUAAAAUGGUUAACAUGUUUUUGUUUGGAUGGCCCACAUACUUGCUCUUUAACGUUAGCGGUCAGGACUACGGCCGGCGCGCCAACCAUUUUGAGCCCUCCUCGCCAAUCUUUCGUCCAGGAGAUGGUCGAGAUAUUGUGAUCUCCGAUCUAGGGGUUUUGAGUGCUCUUUCUGCAAUUGUCGUGAGCUGCGUUAAGUUCGGCGCGUUCAACGUCCUUUGCUGGUAUGGGAUUCCGUACCUGUGGGUUAACUUUUGGCUUGUUUACAUCACUUACAUGCAACACACUGACAUUCGCAUUCCACACUAUUCUUAUGAAGAAUGGACCUUUGUACGGGGUGCCAUUGCUGCGGUUGAUCGUGAUUACGGAUCGGUUCUGAACACGUGGCUCCAUCACAUUAAUGACUCUCACGUUGUUCAUCACCUCUUCAGUGAUGUGCCUUUUUACAACGCAAUCGAAAUAAGCCGAAAAUACAUAAAGUCUAUUCUUGGUCACACAUAUGUUGAGGACAAGCAACCACUUCUACAAGCUCUUUGCAAGACAUGGGGGACAUGUCGAUAUGUGGUACCAUCCGAAAAUAUAUGCUGCUUUUACGGAUUCAACAAUAAAUCCAAAUCUUAA